CUGCUUCUUUGAAAACAUCGAGUACGAUGGCAGUGAUUGUUGAGGUGCAGAGGGAAGACUUGCAGUGGCAGCUGACACAUGCCAGACAAGUCCAGAGGAACUUCAACUUGGCCAGACAGUCUCGGCUGGAGGAGAAAAUAGAAAAUAGCCGAGAGACUAAUCUGAUAGGAGGUCUACAGAUAUACAGUGUGGGGGAGGCAACGUGUUCUCUCAGGAGUUCCAAUGCAGCUGAUGGUGACAUGGGGAGACUGAAGGUUCCUGCCAGGAGAUCACAUACCAAGAAAGGGUCACUUGCAUUCACUCCUGAUACUCAUCGGAAGACCAGUAGCAAAUGCAGAAUGAGAAGCAGCAACAUAAUAGUGUUUGCGAUGCCAAACGAAGAUGCUGACUAUCCUUCAGAGAGCUACAUCAAUGUAAUCUAUCAAGACAUCACACACUUGAUGGACGAACUGAACCUCACUUUUUAGCAAAUAAUAUUUGCAAAUGCGUUGUUCAAGAAGGGAGCACACUCGAUUGUUGUAAUACAAUUCAUAAA